AAUGCACUUCUUACAAUUUCAUUCCAGUAGGUUUAAAGUAAACUGACACUGUACAUGUUCUCACAUGACAGUUAACAUCAUGACGUAGUGAGGCUGGUCACUAGUCCCACAAAACUGUGCAGCAAAGAGAUUUUAGAAUUAUACGUUGGACAAGUUCAAAUAAUAUUUUCUGAGUCCUAUAAGUGGUAAUUGUUGAUCUUAUAUAAAUAGUAUAUAAUAUAUAUGUAUGUAUCAUAUGUUUUUAUACUGAUGCAGAUUUGUUUGUAAUUAUAGUGUCAGAAAGUGACUUUGUUAAAACUAGUUAACCUACAAAAUGGCAACAAGUUCUCAGUCUUCAAUAGAGCCCGGUUCUAAUGAAGUGAAGGACUAUAUUUGUAAUGCCUGUGAAGACCAGAAUUAUGUUGAGACCAGUGCUGACUUCUAUUGUAAACAGUGUGAACGAUUUUAUUGUGGAAACUGUAUUCAUCUGCAUGGCAAAUUGUUUGCAAAACAUAAAUAUAUUGGAAGGGUUGAUAUAGAUAAAUGGCCAGUUUCAAAAAAGGUGGUGGAUUUUCUACAAACUUGUGAUGUUCAUAAGGACCAUAAAAUUGACCAAUUCUGCAACCUGCACAAACAGCUGUGCUGCCCUCAGUGUGUAUCUGAUCAACACAGCCAGUGCAGAGAAGUGACCCAGAUUUCGGAGCUGACCAACUCGCAGCCCUCAGGCCUGAAGGGACUGUCAGUGGAGCUGGAAACUGUCCUGGGGGAAAUUAAAACCCUGCAGAUCAGUCAGGAGGCCAGCAUUCAGUCAUUGCAGGGAACAUACAAGAAACAUGGGGCACUCAUGAUGGAACAAAUGCGUGGCAAUUUAAAUACUUAUAUAGAUAAAUGUGGUAAUAAUUCUGUGGGAACAUCAGGUGGAAAUGAGCAAUAUUUAAAAGAAGAGAUGUGUAGGAAUGUUGUUUCUAUCUUGAAUGAAUUUGAUAUUACUGCGAAGGAACUUAACGAGAUGAAAGAUGAAGUUAUAAGCAUUAAAGGGUCAGUUACAAGUUCUAUUCAUAAAUGCACCAGUCUUCACAAUGACUUGUCACAAUUCCAUGAAAUUGUUCAGAAAAUUGGAGAUAAUAAGGAGCUCUGCCUUAUAGCCAGCAUAAAAUGUAAGCAUAUAAUACAGCAGGCACUGACUCUGCUGGGAAAGUCAGGCAAGGUGUUUAAUGUCCAGAGUAAUGCUAAGCACAAUGUGAGAAUACCAAGUGAUUCAGGUGUAUGUUGGAUCACAGACAUAUGUGUUCUGACUGAUGGGCAGGUGCUGGUCGCAGACUGGGAGAAUAAGAGGUUCAAGCUGCUGAACCAGCAGUACCAGGUGGUGAGUCACUGUGAUGUGACUGAAUAUGUAAGGGACAUGUGUCAGAUCACACGCAGUGAGGUUGCGGUGGCUCUGGAUAAGAAUGCUAGCAACACACAUAAUGUCCAGUUUAUUACAGUCACCCAGAGCCAGCUCACUCUUGGUAGGAAGCUUGAGUUACAACAUGAAUGUACAAGUAUUGCCUGCCAUCAGGGAGAACUGUUUAUCUGCUCUGGUACUGCUCUGUUCAAGUACACACUAUAUGGCAAACAGCUCUGCAGACUCUAUGAAGAUAAGUCAUCUGAUGAUACAGUAGAGAAGUGUGCUGUGAGUCCCACAGGAGACAGGCUGUACAUCAUAAGCUACUGGAAGAACAAGCUUCACACCCUGGCCAGGGAUGGCACACUCCUGGCUACAUACACAGACCCAGCACUAAGUUGGCCACAUGGUCUACAUGUGACCCCUGCAGGCCAGGUGCUGGUCUGUGGAGACUGGUCCCACACUGUACUACAGGUGGGCUGGGAGGGAGAGAGUAAGCUGGCUACGCUGGCUACUCAGAAGGAUGGUAUGAGGUACCCAUGGUCAGUCUGCUACAGCAGCUCCUCAUCAUCUAUCAUUGUGGGACAGCAGGGGGACAACAUCCUGGUGUUCAGAGUGGAAUAGUGUGUACAUUGGCUGCUGAGUCAGGACAAGGUUGCUGAGGAUGUGGUGGACAAGGAUGACCGGAAUACACAGAAGGUGCUUGACCAAAUACAAGAGGCCGUCCCAUCAAUCAGUCGUCAAAGUCAGUUGAGAUGGACCAGAACAAGGCAGAAACUCAGCAACAUUUUACGCACUCAACUGCUCAGCACAGAAGACUACUGUCUGGUGAAAGGAUCGGCUGUAUCAAAGUCCUGUGAUAUGGGGGGACUUGGUCGUUCCAUGUGUGGGGAUUGCAUCAUGAAGGACAUUUUAGAUGACACUCACAAGGUGAGCAGGAGCAUUGUUAUUGAGUUGACAUGGCAACGGCACCAGUCGGACCCCCAGGAGCCUCAGUCCAGGACAACCCUUCCCCUUCACUGAUCCCUAGCUCCUCCCCUUUGACCUCCUGCUUCAAAGCUUCAUUGAACAAUACCGGUCUGCUGGAAUAUCUGAGCAUGUUGAGUUUUUACAAGCUGUUCUCAACAACUGCAAUGUCCCUGUUGAUCGAUCCACACUCCUGCCUAAGUAGUUUGUUAAGCUGUAGUGCCGGAGGCGGGUCAAGUAUUUCAGACACGCUGAGUUAUAGCAGUAGUUAUGGUAACACCAACAGUCACUGAUUGUGGACUUCACAACGAAUAGUACGAAGAAUAAAAAGUUGGAUAAUUUUUUCCAUGCUUUGUUGGACUAACAGAGCAACACAUGGAAUAAUGGUAGAAAAUCUAGAAACAGUUAAACAGUUAUAGAUCGAAGCAUAAGCUAUCCACGGGGUCUACUUCUGCUUUCAAUAGUAGUAGCAUUAUGGACCAUCCUGGUUUGUCCUCUUAUGCAUCCAAAAUGUUCAAAGUGAACAUGCUUUUUACGCAGUUGCUGACAAAAAAAACUUUGUAUGAACACUCAUAGCACGAUGAAUACAUCGGUGUGGUUCAGACGCAAAUUCUUCCCAACAACAUAAACACGGUGCUUAAGGUGUACCCAUCAUGGUUUGUUACGAGCACUUCACACUCCAAGACAAAACAGCCUCGCAUUGAGCUGACACUAGAUAAAGUGUUGAAAAAUGACAGCAGUUUUGUCGUGUGGUCCAGUAUGCCUUUUGACUCCAACCCAACAUUAGGUAGAACUCAAGCUCAGCCCUUAGCAAUCACAGCGAGGCCAGCAUGUCAUCUCACCUUCUUGAGCCUCAGUCAUUGGACGGCCUGUCAUGCGAAUGAAUUCAAGAGUUCAAAGAUCCGCCGUUUGCCUGCAACACUUGAAAACACACAACGGAUAAUACAGUU